AUGGUUUUACCCCGGCUCUCCGGGGUGGUCCUCUUUGCGACAUGCAUUCAGGCCCUGCUCCCGAACAACUCUUCGUCAGACCUCCUCGUGUUUGCGUCGUCCCGCGUCGUCCUAAGCGGAUCUGUGAGCGAGGCAACUCUUGUGGUCAACACGACAACCGGCAAAAUCAUCUCAAUCGGCAAUUCCGUCAGAUCACCCUCCGAAUUCCCUCCAGGCACCGCCUACACAGACUAUUCACCAAAGCUCCUGCUCCCUGGCCUACUAGACGCCCAUGUCCAUCUCAAUGAGCCCGGACGGACGGAAUGGGAAGGCUUCUGGACCGGCUCUAGAGCGGCCGCAUCGGGUGGUGUCACGACGCUGAUCGACAUGCCUCUUAACUCUCUUCCGCCAACAACCACUGUCGAGAACCUCAUGACCAAAGUCAAGGCGGCCGAUGGCCAGUGCUGGGUUGAUGUCGGCUUUCAUGGUGGUCUGAUACCCAACAAUACGCAGCACCUAAAGUCUCUAGUCGAUGCGGGUGUACGCUCGUUCAAGGGGUUUCUCAUUGAAAGUGGCGUGGACGAAUUCCCAGCCAUCGGUCCCAACGAUAUCGAAGCAGCUAUGCAUGCCCUUGCCGGCUCGCCUACCACGGUUAUGUUCCAUGCGGAGAUGGUACCUCCCAACGUGACACUCGUCGGCUCUGGCGCACCAUAUACCGGUCCUCUCACGAGCUACCAAACCUAUCUGGGCUCUCGACCUCCAACGCUGGAGACCUACGCCAUCAGUCAGAUUCUGUCCAAAGCCCAUAUUGCACCCGAUCUGGACUUGCACAUUGUGCAUCUGUCUGCCGCUGAGGGCAUCCCUAUGUUGCGUGAGGCAAGGGACCGUGGCAUUCAAAUCACCGCCGAGACGUGCUUCCACUAUCUCAGUCUGGCCUCCGAGGAGGUUCCCGAGGGAGACACACGCUGCAAGUCAGCCCCUCCAGCUCGCGACCUAUCCAACCAGGCCCUUCUAUGGGAGGAGCUCUCGCGUGAGAAUGGCGACGGUGUCAUCAAGACCGUAGUCUCAGACCAUUCGCCCUGCACACCGGACCUGAAGUUGAUUCCCGAGUCACUGCCUGUUGCCCCGCACAGCCAUCAGGGCGAGGAUGGUGACUUCUUCAGUGCGUGGGGAGGUGUCAGCAGUCUCGGCCUGGGUCUCUCCAUUCUUUGGACACAGGCCGAUUCUCGAGGUAUCACCAUCGAGGAUAUCGUCCGAUGGACGAGUACGAAUACGGCACGUCAAGUUGGCUUGGAACAGGAGAAGGGUGACCUGGGCGUGGGAUUCGACGCUGACGUGGUGGUCUUUGAUGAUACAGCUUUUUUUGAGGUCAACACCGACACCAUGUUCUUCCGAAACGAGGUCUCCCCCUUCGAAGGAAAGACACUCAAGGGAGCCGUGGACGAGACUUGGCUGCGCGGGCGAAAGAUAUUUGAUCGUACAACGGGAUUCGAUGAGGAGCAGGGCCCGGUCGGAAGAACUAUCCUGGAACCGCGGCGGCGAAAGGCUGUGAGAAUGGUCUAG